GCCGGGUGCGGCUCCUCCCCUGUGGGCGGCGGGGCUAGGGCACCUCCCGCCCCCUUGCAGUGGAAGGCCGGGGAGCUACAGCAGGCUCCGAUCGCCCCCAUGGCCGCGCUGAGGACAGCCCUGUGCGUUUUGCGGAACGACCUGCGCUACCACGAUAACGAGGUACGGGCUCGGACGGUGCGCCCUGGGCGCAGCCAAGCGGCAGAUCGCGGGGAAACCCCCCCCUUCAACAACGCCAGAGCAAAGCAAUUGGGAAACACAUGGGUUGUCUAGGAGGGGGACCUCGGUCCGGGGGAAGCCGGGAGGGAAUGACCCUCGGCGGCCUUCAGCGCGCCCCGCUGGGCUGGCCAGAGCAGGACCUCUCCAAGAGCCUCGCCAGUCCGGCUUUUGCGCUCCAGAAAGCGCGGCUCCGAAGUUUAUGUAACUUUGCAGCUGGCGCUCGAAACCCCGCCUCCCCCAUGUGCUGCUUUUGAAGUGCCCGUGACGUCACGAGCUAAGUUAUCAAACAGCGCGGGGGAGGGAACAGGGCGGGGCUUGUUGUGAAGCGCAGGGACCAAGGAGGAGGAGGCAGCCUUCCCUUCCACUGAGCAAAAGCAUCUUUGAAGAGGAACUGGAUAGGGUGGGUGUGUUCAUCUGUGGAAGUCAGAAGCACCUUAUAUGAAUGCGGGCCCUUGGUCCAGCUAGCUGAGCAGUGUGGUGUAGUGGUUAGAGUGUCACACUAGGACCUAGGAGUUGUUGUUGUUUAGUCGUUUAGUCUUAGAAUCAUAGAAUCAUAGAAUCAUAGAGUUGGAAGAGACCACAAGGGCCAUCGAGUCCAACCCCCUGCCAAGCAGGAAACACCAUCAGAGCACUCCUGACAUAUGGUUGUCAAGCCUCUGCUUAAAGACCUCCAAAGAAGGAGACUCCACCACACUCCUUGGCAGCAAAUUCCACUGUCGAACAGCUCUUACUGUCAGGAAGUUCUUCCUAAUGUUUAGGUGGAAUCUUCUUUCUUGUAGUUUGGAUCCAUUGCUCCAUGUCCGCUUCUCUGGAGCAGCAAAAACAACCUUUUCCCUCCUCUAUGUGACAUCCUUUUAUAUAUUUGAACAUGGCUAUCAUAUCACCCCUUAACCUCCUCUUCUCCAGGCUAAACAUGCCCAGCUCCCUUAGCCGUUCCUCAUAAGGCAUCGUUUCCAGGCCUUUGACCAUUUUGGUUGCCCUCCUCUGGACACUUUCCAGUUUGUCAGUGUCCUUCUUGAACUGUGGUGCCCAGAACUGGACACAGUACUCCAGGUGAGGUCUGACCAGCGCAGAAUACAGUGGCACUAUUACUUCCCUUGAUCUAGAUGCUAUACUCCUAUUGAUGCAGCCCAGAAUUGCAUUGGCUUUUUAGCUGCCGUGUCACACUGUUGGCUCAUGUCAAGUUUGUGGUCAACCAAGACUCCUAGAUCCUUUUCACAUGUACUGCUCUCAAGCCAGGUGUCCCCAUCUUGUAUUUGUGCCUCUCAUUUUUUUGCCCAAGUGCAAUACUUUACAUUUCUCCCUGUUAAAAUUCAUCUUGUUUGUUUUGGCCCAGUUCUCUAAUCUGUCAAGGUCGUUUUGAAGUGUGAUCCUGUCCUCUGGGGUGUUAGCCACCCCCUCCCAGUUUGGUGUCUUCUGCAAAUUUGAUCAGGAUGCCCUUGAGUCCAUCAUCCAAGUCGUUGAUAAAGGUGUUGAAUAAGACCGGGCCCAAGACAGAACCCUGUGGCACCCCACUAGUCACUCUUCUCCAGGAUGAAGAGGAACCAUUGAUGAGCACCCUUUGGGUUCGGUCAGUCAGCCAGUUACAAAUCCACUGAGUGGUAGCAUAGUCAAGACCGCAUUUUACCAGCUUCUUUACAAGAAUAUCAUGGGGCACCUUGUCAAAUGCCUUGCUGAAAUCAAGGUAGGCUACAUCCACUGCGUUCCCAUCAUCUACCAGGCUUGUAAUUCUGUCAAAAACGAGAUCAGGUUAGUCUGACAUGACUUAUUUUUCAGAAAUCCAUGCUGACUAUUGGUGAUCACAGCAUUCCUUUCUAGGUGCUCACAGACUGUUUGCUUAAUGAUCUGCUCCAGAAUCUUCCCUGGUAUUGAUGUCAGACUGACUGGGCGGUAAUUAUUUGGGUCCUCUCUUUUCCCCUUUUUGAAAAUAGGGACAACAUUUGCCCUCCUCCAGUCUGCCGGGACUUCGCCUGUUCUCCAGGAAUUCUCAAAGAUGACUGCCAGUGGUUCUGAGAUCACAUCUGCCAGUUCUUUUAAUACUCUUGGAUGCAGUUCAUCUGGCCCUGGAGACUUGAAUACAUCUAAACUAGCCAAGUAUUCUUGUACUAUCUUCUUAGUUAUUCUGGGCUGUGUUUCCUUUGCUGAAUCAUUUGCUUCAAAUUCUUCAGGUCGGGCAUUGUUUUCUUUAUCGGAGAAGACUGAGGCAAAGAAGGCAUUGAGGAGUUCAGCCCUUUCUGUGUCCCCUGUUUGCAUUUCACCAUCUUCUCCUCUGAGUGACCCCACUGUUUCUUUGUUCUCCUUUUGCUACGAACAUACCCAUAAAAGCCUUUUUUGUUGCUUUUAACCUCUCUAGCAAGCCUGAGUUCAUUCUGUGCUUUAGCUUUUCUGACUUUGUGUCUACACGUGCUGGCUAUUUGUUUGAAUUCCUCUUUGGUCGUUUCCCCCCUUUUCCAUUUUUGUACACAUCCUUUUUAAUCUUAACUCAGUUAAAAGUUCUUUAGAUAGCCACCCUGGCUUCUUUAGGCACCUUCCAUGUUUCCGUCUCAUUGGUAUUGCCUGAAGUUGUGCUUUUACUAUCUCCCUCUUAACAAGCUCCCAGCCAUCAUGAACUCCCUUUCCUUUUAAUAUUACUGUCCAUGGGAUCUCACCCAGCACUUCCCUAAGUUUUAUGAAGUCGGCUUUCUUAAAGUCAAGAAAUUGAGUCCUAGUAUGCUUGGCUGCUCCUUUCCGCUGUAUAGUAAAAUUCAGAAGAGCAUGAUCACUCGCGCCUAAUGAUCCUUCCACUUCUACCCCACUAACCAGGUCAUCAACAUUGGUUAGGACCAGAUCUAAAAUGGCUGUUCCUCUUGUUGCUUCUCCCACUUUCUGGACAAUGAAGUUGUCUGCAAGGCCAGUGAGGAAUCUGUUUGACCUUAUGGUCUUGGCUGAGUUUGACAUCCAACAAAUAUCCGGGUAAUUGAAGUCCCCCAUUACUACUAUCUCCCUUCCUUUUGCAUGCUUGGCCAUCAGUUCCAGGAAGGCAUCAUCUAUGUCCUCUGUUUGGCUUGGGGAUCUAUAGUAAACUCCCACAAUGAGGUCACUGUUAUUCUUCUCUCCCUUAAUUUUGACCCAAAUGCUCUCACUUUGGCUUUGAGGUUCUAAAUCUUGGAUCUCUUCACAGGUAUACACAUCCCUGACAUAUAACGCCACUCCUCCUCCUUUCUUGUCUGGUCUGUUUCUCUGAAAUAGAUUGUAUCCCCCAUUAUUACAUUCCAAUCGUGGGACUUAUCCCACCAGGUUUCAGUGAUGCCUAUUAUGUCAUAUUUAGUUUGCUGUACCAAGAGCUCAAGCUCAUCUUGUUUAUUUCCCAUGCUUUGCGCAUUAGUGUACAGACAUUGAAGUCCAUUAAUCAUUCCCCCGUGUCUCUUAUUUAAGGAUUUGUUCCUCCCACCACUAGGUCUGUGUGCUGUUUGCUCCAUUUGGUCUAUGACAUUUGGAUGAUCAUCUUCAUCAAUUGAUAGACUCCUACCUUCCGGAGCACUGUCUCCCUCCCCCACAUUAGUCAGUUUAAAGCCCUCCUGAUGAGGUUUCUGAGAUUUUUGGCAAAAACAUUCCUCCCAACCGUUGUGAGGUGCAGCCCAUCGCUUGCCAGAAGUCCAUCUUCAAGAAACUGCAUUCCAUGAUCUAAGAAUCCAAACCGUUCCUGUUUACACCAUUUGCGAAGCCAGCUGUUCACUUCCACUAUUUUUCCCUCUCUCCCUGGGCCACGUCGUUCAACUGGGAGGACAGAUGAGAUGACAAUUUGUGCAUUUAAUUGCUUCAAUUUCCUGCCCAGAGCCUCGUAGUCUCUUUUGAUCUUCUGGAGGCUAUUGCUUGCAGUGUCAUUGGUUCCCACAUGAACCAAGAGGAAGGGGUAUUUGUCAGUGGGUUUUAUGAUUCCUUGCAGUCGUUCAGUUACAUCUUGGAUCUUAGCGCCGGGGAGACAGCACACUUCCCGAGACAUCUUGUCAGGCCCACAGAUCACUGCUUCUGUUCCCCUCAGUAGGGAAUCCCCUAUCACCACUACUUGUCUGACUCUUCGUGACCCCAUGGACCAGAGCACGUUGGUAGCUUCGAGAACACUGUCCAACCAUCUUGUCCUCUGUCGUCCCCUUCUCCUUGUGCCCUCCAUCUUUCCCAACAUCAGGGUCUUUUCCAGGGAGUCUUCUCUUCUCAUGAGGUGGCCAAAGUCUUGGAGCCUCAGCUUCAGGAUCUGUCCUUCCAGUGAGCACUCAGGGCUGAUUUCCUUCAGAAUGGAGAGGUUUGAUCUUCUUGCAGUCCAUGGGACGCUCAAGAGUCUCCUCCAGCACCAUAAUUCAAAAGCAUCAAUUCUUUGGCGAUCAGCCUUCUUUAUGGUCCAGCUCUCACUUCCAUACAUCGCUACUGGGAACCUAGGAGACCAGGGUUCAAAUCCCCACUUGGCCAUGAUGCUCACCGUGUAACCUUGGGCCAACCACUGCUUUCCCACCAUCCUAACCCUACCUCACAGGGUUGUUGUGGGGAUUAAAUGAGGAAGGGGAGAGCUACUGCCAGUCUGUGUUGACAGUACUGAGCUAGAUGGACCAAUGGGCUUGAGUGUUCCUGUGUUUUUGACGCUAAUCCCAUCUGCCCCCGCAGGUUCUCCACUGGGCACACAGCAACGCAGACUUUGUCAUUCCACUAUACUGCUUUGAUGCCCGGCACUACGCAGAAACCCAUUACUAUCAGUUCCCCAAGACUGGCCCCUAUCGCCUCAAGUUUCUGCUGGAGAGUGUGGAAGAUCUCAGGGAGACGCUCAAGAAAAAGGGCAGGUGUGUGCAGCCUCAUCAGUGCUAGUUUCGAAACCCGUUUUUGUAUACAGUGGUAAAGGUAAAGGUAAAGGUAAAGGGACCCCUGACCAUUAGGCCCAGUUGUGACCAACUCUAGGGUUGUGGCGCUCAUCUCGCUUUAUUGGCCGAGGGAGCCGGUGUACAGCUUCUGGGUCACGUUGCCAGCAUGACUAAGCCGCUUCUGGCGAACCAGAGCAGCGCACAGAAACGCCGUUUACCUUCCUGCCGGAGCGGUACCUAUUGAUCUACUUGCACUUUGAUGUGCUUUCGAACUGCUAGGUUGGCAGGAGCAGGGACCGAGCAACGGGAGCUCACCCCGUCGCGGGGAUUCGAACUGCCGACCUUCUGAUCGGCAAGUCCUAGGCUCUGUGGUUUAACCCACAGCGCCACCCGCGUCCCAGUGUAUACAGUGGUACCUCGGUUUAAAAACAACCUGUUUAUGAACUAUUCAGUUUACGAACUCUGCAAAACCGGAAGUGGUUUCCCAGUUUGUGAAUUUACCUUGGUCUAAGAACGGAAGCCGAACGGUGGAAGGGCACUGGUGGCGGGAGGCCUCAUUAGGGAAAGCAUGCUUCAGUUUAAGAACAGUUUCGGUUUAAGAACGGACCUCCGGAACGGGUUAAGUUUGUAAACCGAGGUACCACUGUAUUUCGUUUGAUGCAGUUUGCCGUUCCAGACACAGCUGCGCUUCAUCCGCUAAAUGCCUUUUCUAGUACAGUGGCCAGCAGACCAGAGAGAUAGGCAGCCUGAUCCGCUCCUGCCCUCGCAACCAUAAUUUGAUCUGCCGGAUUUAACUGAUGAAGCUUUUCACAGCAUGGAGGCAUUUCUCUCCUGCUAAUGUCUGCAGGUGAAGCUGCUGUGGUCUAACAAUCAACCCUUCUUCCUAGGGAACUCUGGGUAUUGUAGCUCUGUGAGAGGAAUCAGAGUCUUCUUACAACUCUUAGCAGUCUCGGCAAACUACAGUUCCCAGAAUUCUUUGGGGGAAGCCGUGGCUGUUUAAAGUGGUACGGUGCUGUAUUCAAUGUCUUAAGUGCAGAUGUGGCCAAGUGGUUUCAGUGGGAUCAUGCUGCUGUUUAAUUUUCUGCUGGCCGUAUUUCCUCCGUAGUAAUCUGGUGGUGCGAAAAGGAAAGCCGGAAGAUGUCGUCUGCGAUCUUAUUUCCCAGGUCGGUUCCGUGGCUGCCGUGGUCUUCCAUGAAGAGGUAAGGAAAGAUCUCCCACGGUUUCAGAGCUUAAACCAGUGAUGGGGUAUCUCUGGCCCUCCAGAUAUCCUUGGGACUCCAACUCCCAUCAGCCCCCAGCCAGAAUAGCCAAUACAGUGGUACCUUGGUUCUCAAACUUAAUCCAUCCUGGAAGUCCGUUCCAAAACCAAAGCGUUCCAAAACCAAGGUGCGCUUUACCAUAGAAAGUAAUGCAAAAUGUAUUAAUCUGUUCCAGACUUUUAAAAAACAACCCCUAAAACAGCAAUUUAACAGGAAUUUUACUGUCUAACGAGACCACUGAUCCAUAAAAUGAAAGCAAUAAUCAAUGGACUAUAAUCCAUGGUACUAUAAAACAGUAUUGUAGAUGAUAAAAAUUAAAAUUAAUUUUUUUUCUUACCUGCACUGAUGAUAGUCACUGUUUGGAUAGGGGGCUUUUAUCCAUUUCUGCAGUCACACAAUCAAUCAAUCAAUCAAUCAGUAGCUGAACUGGGAUCCACACAGUCACGAAAACAAAUUAACUGAAAAUAGUUUUUACAGUUAUAUCAAAAAUUGCCGAUUUGGUUAUACUAUUAGAAAUACAUAGACAGAUAAUUAUGAAAUUAUUGGGAGGUUUAGUAAGUUAACUGUUUAUAUUUGGAUAACUUUUCUGCUGUACUUUAUUGGAAGGAGAAAAAGAAUCAUUUCCUUAAUAACAAUUUAAACAAUUUAUUUAACUAAAACAAUAACAUUGUAGCAUAUGUAUCCAUGUUUGUUAACUGAUGUGGUUAAACAAUGAAAAAAAACCAGACUGAAAACACAUGAAAAACCUAAAACAAAUCCUUAUUUCCUCCAACAUGCACAGUGUGAUUUAUUGCUGGCUCGGUCUUGCGGUUGUUGCACAGAUGGGAGAAUGUCUCUCUCUUUUGCUUCCUGCUUGCUCUAGGCGACAAAGGAAGAGCUGGAUGUGGAGAAGGCGCUGCUGCAGGUGUGCUCUGAGCAGGGGGUGGUGGCCCAGAAGUUCUGGGGGUCGACGCUCUAUCACCGAGACGACCUGCCCUUCAAGCACAUUUCCAGGUGAGCUGAGCCCCUAGCCCUAACCUUAUAGUAGUGACUGGGAACCUGUAGCCCUCGAUAUGUUAGUGGGACUCUGUUUUGCAGGUUGCCCGAUGUGUACACCCAGUUCCGGAAAGCCGUGGAGUCCCAGGUGAAGGUUCGGCCUCUUCUGCAAAUGGCCUCUCAGCUGAAGCCAUUGCCUCCAGGGGUGGAAGAAGGGAACAUCCCCAAACUGGAAGAUUUUGGGGUGCAAGGUAAGGAUGGUUCCACCCAGCAUUUUUCACUGCACUGGGGUGCCCUUCCACCAGUGUUUAUGGUAGAAUUGGCACUGCUUGUGCGCACAUAGAAUCAUAGGGUCCUCUAGUCUCAGGGCCGUCUUUACCAUUGGUUCAAGGGGUGCGGGGCACCUCGGCGCCGAAUUCUGGGGGGCGCCAGAUGGCUGGUGAGCAUGCAGCUUCCCUCCCAAGCCUCUGCGGGGAUAGCUCUCUUGUCAGGUGUGCGUGGAGGAGCCAGGUCCUGGGACCAAUAGGACUCUGCAGGACUGGGGCCUUCCUAAAUUUGUUCUGGAGAGGCAAGGCGCGGCUAAACAGGUGAGGCCAAUUGGUAACUCACAGCUCCUAGUGGCAAGAGCCGGGGAGGGAUAUAAGGGCAGCAUUUUCCCUUCAGCUCUUUGCCACAGCAACACGUUCCCUGCCUUGCUGCGUUUGACUCCUUGACUCCCUGCUUCUUAAUCCUCGGACCCCUGACUUUGUGACUCCUUGCUCCUUGGACCCCUGACUUUGUGACUCCUUGCUCCUUGGAUCCCUGACUUUGUGACUCCUUGAUCCUCGGACCCCUGACUUUGUGACUCCUUGCUUCCUGACCUUCAGACCCUUGGCUUCUUCACUCCUGACUCUCUGACCCUCGGACUCUUGGCUUUCUGACUCCUGGACUCCCAUUCCUGCUCCUACCCUGCCAUCUUGCUCCCGGUCUCGACGUCCCCGUGAACCGGACAGUGAACCGAACUGAAUACCAAACCGAAUCGCCUGUGAACCGGACCGUGACAUCUCCUCCCACAGCGGCAUGAGCUGCCCCGCUAAAAAAAGCUCAAAAACUUUGGCCUGCGGUUUUUUGCACCCCAGUGCCGCAUAUGCCAAAGACGGCCCUGUCUAGUCUGACCCCCUGCAACGCAGGAAUCACAGCCAAAUCUCCCCAUCCCCUACCCACUCCGGCAGCAUCUCCGUCUAAACGGGAGUACUGCAGCAUUUUGUUGCAAAUCCUGCUUUGUUUGACUGGAUAGCCAACCCUAACCCUAACUGCCGGAUUUGGAGGGUGUUUUCAGGGCAGGAAUCUCUCCCCCCCCGCCCCCCGCUUUUUGCUCAAGUUGAUUCUUCCCGCUUCCUUAGCAGAACCGUUAGCCGAUCCCCGCACUGCCUUCCCUUGCGGUGGAGGAGAGACACAGGCCUUAACGAGGCUUCAGCAUUACUUCUGGGACACGGUAAUUCAUAGAAUUGUAGAAUUGGGAGGGGGCUUGCUUUGGUUUUGAGAGGAGGGCAGUGGGAGAGACAGUGCUUUGCGUUCGGGGAGGGGGGCAGCCUGGCUUAGCCCCCAAUAAAGGUAAAGGGACCCCUGACCAUUAGGUCUAGUCGUGGCCGACUUUGGGGUUGCGGCGCUCAUCUUGCUUUAUUGGCCGAGGGAGCCGGCGUACAGCUUCCGGGUCAUGUGGCCAGCAUGACUAAGCUGCUUCUGGAGAACCAGAGCAGCGCAUGGAAACGCCAUUUACCUUCCUGCCAGAGCGGUACCUAUUUAUCUACUUGCACUUUGAGGUGCUUUCGAACUGCUAGGUUGGCAGGAUCUGGGACCGAGCAACGGGAGCUCACCCCAUUGCGGGGAUUUGAACCGCUGACCUGAUUGGCAAGUCCUAGGCUCUGUGGUUUAACCCACAGCGCCACCCACGUCCCUAGCCUCCAAUAUCUCUAGCUAAAAAGUCUGUGUUAGCAAGGUUGCAGAACAGUCCUGAUCUGGAAUCCUGGAAAGGGGCUGCCGGCCCGUGCAGACAAUCCUGGACUAGAUGGAACGAUGUUCUGACUCGGCGCAAGAAAGCUUUACCUGCUUGUCCGUCCGUCUGCUCUCCACCGCCAGGGUGUGUGUGUACGCAUGCACACAUGGAGCGUAACCUUUAGUUGGGGAUUGCGGAGCCCCGUUUAGCUCAAGGGCCACAUUCCCUUCUGGACGAUCUUCUGAGGGCCAGAGGCAACAGAGGAAGACUAGCUUGAAAAGCAAGCCAGUUUCUAUGCGCACCUCUCUGUCCUUCAUGUAGGCAAGCAAGAGGCACGAUCCGAAUUCGUGGACACAUUUCGGCGGGGCCAAAACUCUUGAGGCAUGAGUUGGGGUCAGUGGAAGGUAGUGGUCAGGGGAGAGUUUUGAGGGCCAGAUGGUGGCCCUCAGGGCCUCUCUAUCCCCCCCUCCCCCCAGGCCUGACGUUCUUCACCUCUGAUUUAGUGAAUUGCGGUGUUGUUUACUGACAGCUUUUAGGGACCCUUGUUCUGCAAUUGUUUUAUUUGUUUUAGUCUUCUUGUCAUUUUACUGUUGCAAAUUUCCUUGGCAUUUAUUUUUAAAAUGGAAAAUGGUGCAGAGAUUGCCUGUUUAACUAUCGCUGAGAUCUUUGUAUUGAUUGAAAGUCACGCAGCAACACCCCAACCUUAUUAAUCAGGCUGCAAAUUGUGUAUGUGUUAAAAAUGAAUUUUAUUUAAUAAGGGCAAUAUGGAAGUUCUUCCUUAGAAGAGGCAUCUCCCUCUUCUUUCUCAGACAGGCAGGAAUGCCUCUCCUAAGAUGGUUUGGCCUGGAUAAAGCAAACAGGGAAGGCUUUCCCUGAAAUUGAAGUGUUGCUAAUUCACUUGCACAUUUCUGCAAAUUUAUUCGGUUAAUUAGUUAGCUAACUGAAGACCUUAUGGCUUGCUAAGGGUUCUUUAUCUGCCGAUCUCAUUUACACAAACCUGCCUGCCCACCCCCAUAUAAAUAAUGGAAUCCUCCAAGUUGCCCACUUAUUCUGAUUGGAGGGACCCAUUUCACGGCUGCGUAACCCCGAUCCCAGCCACCAGAGGGCUCUCUUAGAUGUGGAAAUCUCUGUCUCAGAAGUUAUGUUCAUAAGCUCGAUUUGUUCUACACUGUGCAAUUUGCAAUCUCUGGCAUUUAUAGAAAAAGUGUUGUUUUUAAAGCACUUUUAUGUUUCCUUUGAAAUGCCUGACGUGUACAUCCUUUUGCACAGAACCUAGUCGCUUCGUACAAGGAGACACGGAACGGAUUGAUAGGAGUCGAUUAUUCGACCAAGUUUGCACCCUGGUAAAUAAAUGUCUUCAUGCGCUUAGGAUCGGGUAAUCCUGUUUCAGCGACAUCCGCCUUCCCAGUGGGCGUCACUCAAUGUGCAUCCCAAUGUGGCUUUGGACAAAGAGCAGCCCAAUUGCCUAUUGAUAUGCUUUUUUUGCCUGCAUCCAUUACAAUGUUGUACGAAAGCCCACGGUAAGGUUCGCUUUGCAUAACCUCACAGCUCUGAGCCACGUGAUAUGCAAGUAAUAGAAUGCUAAUUGUGGUUUUCAGAGUUGAUUUAAUUAAAUAUGAACUGGGAUUUAAUCAAUGCAAGUGGGUGGUGGUAACUGAGCAUGUUGUUAUGCACUUAAGAUGGGCUAUGCCUCAAAUUAAACAAACAGUGGAUGUUCUGAGUUCAGGUCCACCACCUAAAUGAUGGCAUUCCACCCUCAGAGAUCACUUUCUCUCAUGACAUCCUUGAUUUGUCUUCUAGGCUGGCUCUGGGCUGCAUCUCGCCCCGGUAUAUUUACGAGCAGAUCCAGAAAUACGAAAAAGAGAGGACAGCAAAUCAGAGUACCUAUUGGUAGGAUAAAUGACAUGGCCUGGUUUGGAAACACGGGAGAGAGAAAAUUAUCCUCUUGUUCACGUUCUGCCUGCCCCUCCACCUCCCUCUCUUUCUUAGACACACACAUACAUCACUCUGCAGCCAUUGGCUGGGUUUCUGUGAUGUCACGGAAUGAGAUAACUGACAGUGCGGAAUGUGGAUAGAGCAGGUUCAGAGAGGGAAGUGAAAAAUCAGUUUUAAAGAAAACCCUCACACAAGAUGCCCGCCAGAUGUUUUUUAAAAAAGGUCAAAAAAUUUAAUGUCUAUAAUUUGUUGGAAGCUGCUCAUAGUGGCUGGGCAACACAGUCAGAUGGACAGCAUAUAAAUAAAAAAAUAUUAUUAUUAUUAUUAUUAUUAUUAUAGGUUGGGUGGCUGUCUGUCAGAAAUUAUUUAGCUGAGAUUCCUGCAUUGCAGGAGGUUGUCAUAUCUGUGUGUGUUUGUGCGUAUUUUUUCUCUCCCAGGGUGCUUUUUGAACUGGUGUGGAGGGAUUACUUCCGGUUUGUGGCUCUGAAAUACGGCAGGAGGAUUUUCUUUGUGAGAGGUAAGCGGGUGAAUUGCUCUUUCCGGUCAAGAUGGUGGAACGGAGCCAGGCUUCUUUCUUGCGUGGAUGAAAAACAAAAACCUCUGACUCGCAAAUGGCUGACGUCUGCCACAUCUGUGGCCACGCCCACUUUUGCUUGUGCCACGCCCACUUCCUGCAACUGGCCCCUCCCACCAGGGUCAUGUGGCCUCUCAGAAGGUUGGCCAAGAGGGAAAGCUACCUUCGGGAAGGAAGAGGUUGCUCAUCCCUGAUCCAAAUACAAGGAAAGAAUUCUUCCUUCCCGUUUAUUCCUAGGCAAAUUCAUUCAGAUCUUAUCAGUUAAAAGAACAAUUAAAACCCACAUCUUUUUAAUCCCCCAAGAAAAUGCAAGGUUUGCAGUGCAGUCCCAUGGCUGCCUAUGCAUUUGUCUCCAUUGGGUCCCGCUCUUGGGUUUUACCACUCUGCUGUUGACUCAACAAUAUCAGUUAUGUGUCACCAAAGAUGUAGUUUAUUAUCUGCACUGGGUCCUUAGCGCUGGAGAAGUUCCUCGUCACUUUUUUUAUUGAACUUGGGCAAUAAAGUCCAGCCUGGGUGCAACUUGAAGAGAAAUGUGUUUUUGUAGGGCUUGGAGGAAGCUAGGUCACAUUUUAAACAGCAAUUACCGUAUUUUUUGCUCCAUAAGACUCACUUUUUCCCUCCUAAAAAGUAAGGGGAAAAGUGUGUGCGUCUUAUGGAGCGAAUGCAGGCUGCGCAGCUAUCCCAGAAGCCAGAACAGCAAGAGGGAUUGCUGCUUUCACUGCACAGCGAUCCCUCUUGCUGUUCUGGCUUCUGAGAUUCAGAAUGGUUUUUUUCUUGUUUCCCUCCUCCAAAAACUAGGUGCGUCUUGUGGUCUGGUGUGUCUUAUAGAGUGAAAAAUACGGUAUAUUCAAGACCCUGCCACCAGAAAGGAAAAUAAAAAUAAAAAUUUGGAUGAACAUUCCCUAAAUAUAUGCAGGAGAAAAAUGUGAACCCUAGUCUGAGAAAAGUACAUCUGCAUACAUUGUACCUCUUGGUUUUGGAUGGCAGCCUAAGUCUCAGUGCUGUGCCUGAAGAGGAUUCUUUGAAGACCUGCAGUCUUGUAUGGGAAAUCCCAGCUGCCACUUCUGGAAUAGAAACCCCUUGCCACCUGGCAAUGCCCCCUAAUGUCCAGCCAAUCUUGUCUCCCCACGUAGGGCUCCAGGACAAAGCUGUUCCCUGGAAGAAGGACCCCAAACUGUUUGACUCUUGGAAAGGUCAGUAAACCAAUGAGGGGCAAGAGAUCUGCUGGCACAUCCGUCAUCGCCUGCUUCUCCUCCACGGUCGCCUACCCUGCUCAUUCCAAUGCUGAUAAUCACUUUCUCCUUUAAUUCCGAUUUUCACUCCCCUCUCUCAUCUCAACUGGCAGAGGGAGGUGCCGUUUUGUGGUUCGCCUCGGGUGCCAAAAUGUCUUGUGCCGGCCCUGGCCAGCCCUACCAUUAGGCAGAAUGAAACCAGUGGAGUUUGGUCCAUUAGAGGGUAGGUUGGUCAGAGUGAGACCAGUGGAGGCUGGUCCUCUGCCUGACCUCCGGCAUCUCUCCCCACACCUGCCUGCCUUCGUAGGCCACAGAUCCUCAGCUUCCUCCUCCUUAUUCCAUGUAGGAAGGGAGGAAGAUGGGAAAAUCCACUUCUGGGAAUGCAGAGGAAGCUAGGCGUUCAUUUCCUUGUUGAUUUGUUUCCAUUAAAACAGGCACAGGCAAACUCGGCCCUCCAGAUGUUUUGGGACUACAACUCCCAUCAUCCCUGACCGCUGGGCCUGUUUGCUAGGGAUGAUGGGAGUUGUAGUCCCAAAACAUCUGGAGGGCCGGGUUUGCCUAUGCCUGCAUUAAAAAGCCUGUUUGCAACCCCGUUAAUUCAGGACGUUUGCGUUUUGAUUCCGCGUGAUGGAAUCUGAGGCAGCCUCCCAUCAUACGGUUAUUUACUGCAGUUUACAAUUUAACACGACAUGGUGGUAUAUUGAUCAAAAGGCUGCAUUUCCAUAGCGCAACAGGUACUGCAGUAUAAACAGAACGUUAGAAAACAGUGUUAUUACCAGUAAAAUUGAGGCAAUAAGCCUAGUGUUUAUUGUAGCCUGAGUUGGCUCCGCCCACCGUUGGCUGUGGCUCCGCCCACCAUUGGCCUCCUUAUCUCCGGCCCUACCAGACCCUAUUGGCACCAGUCACCACAGAGUGAGACAACUGCCUUGGACUGCAGAACAGCAGGCGGGUGGCAUUCGUGCCCCCAUUUCUCCUGAGUCCCUUAAGCUAGGCUACCCUCCAUCUCUCGAGCUAGCCUGCUAUCCUCAGGUGACUAGUCCAUCACCAUCUUUCAAGUAAGAUAUGAAGUGCUGAUUCGUUCAGAUUAUGUAGGUGGGGAAACCAAAAUGUUAAGAACCGGACUAUAGCACGAAAGCCCUCUUUCCCACUUCUCUGUUUGCAGAACGAAGCAGUAUCUCAGUAUUUAUACAGGGACACGGGUGGCGCUGUUGGUUAAACCGCAGAGCCUAGGACUUGCCGAUCAGAAGGUCGGCGGUUCAAAUCCCCACUGGGGUGAGCUCCCGUUGCUCGGUCCCUGCUCCUGCCAAACUAGCAGUUCGAAAGCACGUCAAAGUGCAAGUAGAUAAAUAGGUACCGCUCUGGCGGGAAGGUAAAACGCUGUUUCCGUGCGCUGCUCUGGUUCGCCAGAAGCGGCUUAGUCAUGCUGGCCAGAUGACCUGUACACCGGCUCCCUCAGCCAAUAAAGCGAGAUGAGCACUGCAACCCCAGAGUCAGCCACGACUGGACCUAAUGGUCAGGGGUCCCUUUACCUUUACCUCGGGCUAAGAACUUAAUUCAUUCUGGAGGUUUGUUCUUAACCUGAAACUGUUCUUAACCUGAGGUACCACUUUAGCUAAUGGGGCUUCCCACUGCUGCCACGCCACCAGCACAUGAUUUCUGUUCUCAUCCUGAAGCAAUGUUCUCAACUCGAGGUACUAUUUCUGGGUUAGCGCAGUCUGUAACCUGAAGCGUCUGUAACCCGAGGUACCACUGUACAAAGGUGUGUGUGUGUGUCUGUGUGACUUCUUGCUCCCGCAGAUGGAAAAACGGGGGUUCCCUUUGUCGACGCCAACAUGCGUGAGCUGGCUGCCACGGGCUUCAUGUCGAACAGAGGGCGCCAGAACGUGGCCAGUUUCUUGACUAAGGAUUUGGGUUUGGACUGGAGGAUGGGAGCAGAAUGGUUUGAGUCCCUGCUGGUAAGAUGGGAGCAUCUUUGUUUAUAUCUUAAGGCCAGCUGGUUGCUGGAAUUUGCCCUGGGUUUUGAGACGUAUGCAGGAUUGGAAUAAGUUCCCAGGAGUCGUAGAAUGGUAGAGUUGGAAAAGGGACCCUGACAGUCAUCUAGUCCAACCCGCUGCAAUGCAGGAAUAAUGCAAUACAUGAGUCUUUGGAGGAAGUAUUGUAGAGUGUGCACAGCCUCACAGGCACUGUGGAGAUAUAGGUGUGUGGUGUAUUUUAUUAUUUAUCCAUUAGAAUAUUAUAAACGGCUUAAUAAAGAUAAUAAUCUCUAGCGGCAGCCACCCAACUGGGGUAAAGCCAGGGGCAGAGGAUGUUUUCUUCAAAGAAUUGAAUUAUUAUUAUUAUUAUUAUUAUUAAUACCCCGCCCAUCUAGCUGGGCUUCACCAGCCACUCUGGGCGGCUUCCAAAAAAAUAUUAAAAUACUGUAAUACAUCAAACAUUAAAAGCUUCCUGAAAGAUAAAAUGUAUUUUCGGCUGAGCACUUCAUGUCAUGCACAGCUGGGAGGUCAAGAUACCUUCCCGAAAUCCCUUGGAAUCGUCAAUGCACCUUUAGCAAAUUGGGAGCCAUCUCAGAAAAGGAAGAGGAUUGCACUGAAUAUCUGAUCAAGCCCCUUUUAACAAGUCAUUGUGAUAUAUAUAUAUAUACAUAUAUAUAUAUAUGUAUGUGUGUAUAUAUACAUACAUACACACUUAUACAUAUAUGUGUUUCCUAAAUUCAAGGUGGAUUAUGAUGUCUGCAGCAACUAUGGCAACUGGUUGUACAGCGCUGGAGUCGGCAACGAUCCGAGGGAGAACCGGAAAUUCAACAUGAUUAAACAAGGCUUGGAUUACGACAGCAACGUAGGUUCUUGCUGGGAAACCCUGACACUGAACACACACGUUAUCCUGCUUCCUUUGUUGCAUUAGACUGAAACCCGGUUUUAUGGGAUACCUCCAGGUGUAAUAGGGGGAAUUUGGUAUGGUCCACCAUUUUGCUUCAUUAAAGUGUGUGAGAGGUGUGUUCUCUUAAAUGGCCCAGCAAAACUGGGGAGGGGCAGGAAGACCUCUGUGGCAGAGCAUCUUUUUGGAAGUGCGUAAAGGCCUCAAGUCCAACCCCUCACAUCUCUAAGUAAGACUGACAGCGAUAAAGCCAGCAUCUCAGGAAGAAAGCUAGGUUAAAACCCUGGAAGGCUAGCUUUCCAUUUGCAAGGAAGUACUUUGUUUUACUUAAUGGGCAGAGUACUCAAAUAUGUGAUUCCACUUUCCUAGCCAGUUUGCACUCCGGCACAAAACAAUCCAGGAAAGUUUAUACUGAAUAUUUUUCUCUGUGUGGCUGCUCUCUGGUGGUAAGUACAGAGGAGCAUAAAAUAGAGCAUCUCUGAUAGCUGCCAACGUACUGGGGGCGGAUAGCCUUGCUGGCUUUAUAAGGAGCUAACAUACUGUACAUACUUGUAAGAUAUGGAUUUGGGGUUUUUUUUGUAUGUUGUUUUUUGUGUAUUGUUAUUUUUCAAUAUUUUUUGUGUUGUUGUGUGGAAAAGACUAAUAAAAUUUAAAUUAUUAAUUAAGAAAAAGAAAGACAGGCGCCAGAGAUUGAACCAGGGAUCUCCUGCCUUCCAAGCAGGUGUUCUGUCACUGAGUUGCAACCCUUGCCUCACCAACAGGCAAGGACCAGACUGAAUUGUUUGCCUCUGCAGGGAGACUACGUCCGACUGUGGGUUCCGGAAUUGCAGGGCAUAAAAGGAGGAGACGUACACACCCCAUGGGCCCUGAGCACUGCUGCCCUUUCUCAGGCUGGCGUGAGCCUCGGGGCCACCUAUCCUCUGCCAGUCGUCAUGGCCCGGGAGUGGAGCAGGCACAUCAACCAGAAACCGGUAUGUGCUAAGUCAGUCAAUCUUACUUGCCUUGCCCUGUGCACCACUAAAAACCGCCCUAUGAUCUUCUGAGGAAGGGCAGUCUAUAAACUUUUGAAGAGGUUUAAUACCUUUUGGAGACCCACCCUAUUCUAGGGACUGCAAUUUGUUUUACCUGAUUUUUUAAUAUUUCUCACAUUUGUAUAUCACCUUUUCCUUCAAGGAGCACCAAGUGGUGUACAGUUUCUAUCCAUAUGCGAUUUUGGUUUUAAAUGCAGUGUAAGGUAGUCUUUGGGACGUGGGUUAAACCACAGAGCCUAGGGCUUGCCGAUCAGAAGGUCGGCAGUUCAAAUCCCCUUGACAGGGUGAGCUCCCAUUGCUCGGUCCCUGCUCCUGCCAACCUAGCAGUUCGAAAGCACGUCAAAGUGCAAGUAGAUAAAUAGGUACCGCUCCAGCGGGAAGGUAAACGGCGUUUCCGUGCGCCUGAAGCGGCUUAGUCAUGCUGGCCACAUGACCCGGAAGCUGUACACCAGCUCCCACGGCCAAUAAAGCGAGAUGAGCGCCGCAACCCCAGAAUCGGCCACGACUGAACCUAAUGGUCAGGGGUCUGGGGUAGUUUUUUUCAAUUUCGUUGUUCUGUAUGGGACAAUGACAAUAAAGAUUAUCGUAUCAUAUACACGGUUCUGCCCUUUUAUUCAUAACGGUCCUGUGGGGUAGGUUACGCGGAGAGGCAGGGAAUGGCCCAAGCUCUUAACCAGUGAGCUUUGUGGCUGAGUGGGGAUUCGAACCCUGGUCUCCCAGGUCCUAGUCCAGUACUCUUAACCGCUUUACAUUGCUGUAACAUGCUCUGGGACUUUCUGGUGCAGGGCAGGUAAGAAACCAAAUUAAAUAAUAAUAAUGGUAAUAAAUAUAAGAAUGACCAUUUCCCUCUUUCUUGCAGAACAGCCAAGGUCCUGCUCUGAAGGGGAAGAAAGGUCCUUCGUACACCCCAAAGCAGCACAAAGAUAGAGGAGUGGAUUUUUAUUUUUCUCGGAACAAAGACUUUUCCUGAGGAGAGUGGCUGUGGUUCCCUGGGGAAAUGACCCAGAGGUGAAGGGUCCCAAUGGGCCUCUGCUACUGGGUAUAGCUGGUAGCCUUUUUUGGCCCUUCAGGGGCUGGGAAACCUGUGGUGUGGCAGGCCACUUUUUUGGGCAAAGCUUUGUGUGUAACUUGAAGGCUUGCAGAGGCAAAAGCUACUCGAACUGAAAAUUUGGCCUCCUCUGGAAUCUUGCUAUUCUGACAAACUUAAUACAGUGGUGCCUCGCAAGACGAAAAGAAUCCGUUCCGCGAGUCUCUUCGUCUUGCGGGUUUUUUUGUCUUGCGAAGCAAGCCCAUUAGCGGUUUAGCGGAUUAGCGCUACAGUAUUAGCGGCUUAGCGGGCUUAGCGAUCAGCUGUUAAGCGGCUUAGCCAUCAGCUGAUAAGCGGUUUAGUGGCUUGGGAAAAAGGGGGGGGGGAGGAAAAAAAACCCGCAGGAACUCGCAAGACAUUUUCGUCUUGCGAAGCAAGCACAUAGGAAAUUCGUUUUGUGAAGCACCUCCAAAACGGAAAACCCUUUCGUCUAGCGGGUUUUCCGUCUUGCGAGGCAUUCGUCUUGCGGGGCACCACUGUAUGGCCGCCCCUUGGUAAAACAAACCGAGGGAUUCCAGUGCAUUCUGGGGAAAUUUAGGGUUGCACAAUUACAGCAGAUCAAAGUGCUCAGUCGUCCUUGUGCCACAAAGCGGCUUUAAGAAACAGACUUUUGCAGUUAGGAAAGUGAUAGGGAAAUGCAUUGAAAAAUGUGGAGAGAAAAAAAGGAUUAGCAGGAAGAUGUACUAACACCCUGCAGGCAAAUCAGAACAACUGCUCAACAAAGCCUGGAUAUAUUCUAACCGCUGCAUAAACGUCGUGCAAGCGAAUCAGUAUGAAUGAUGGAAGAAAAAGGUUGUUUGGAGGAGUCCAAAGUUAUCACUCACAUAGGGGUUACAAAUCAGUUGUGCUAAAUGCUGUUCUAUGUAGUCUUGUUUUUAGCUAGGUGUCCUACCUUUGGGGGAAAGCAUGGAGUUCGGAAAAUAGUUUUUGAUAUUAGCAUGGGCUUUAUUUUCUACCGCAGAAAUGGUUUGGGCUAUUAAAAAAUGAUCGUGACAAAUAAACUUGCUUUCGGCAUCAGAUUUUCCUGAGUUUCUUUCCGUUUUCUUUUACCAUCCAUUGAUAAACAUUUUGCAAACGAAGCAGUGAAGCUUGCUGGCAGGGCAGUCAGCCCCAGAGUUCAAUGGGGUGGGGAAGUUU